AUGGAUCAAUCUUCCCUUUCUUCAAGUACUCAAAGACCCGGGAUCAAACGUGUAAGCUCGCCAAUUGGGGCUCCAGAAGAGCCAAGACUUUCAAAAAUGAAUAGACAAGAAGAACCAGAAGCACCGAUUCCUGAAGAGCAUCCAAGAAAUCCAUAUGAGCAGCAGCUUUUUUUGCAAAGAUGGGAACGAGAACGAGUCAGCUACUAUGCGGGAAUAUACGACCCACAACAUGAGUUUCCACACCAAGUCAACCAUAUUAUUCAAAUAGGACAAAUCAGAGAUUUCUAUGAAGAAUUGAUGCUAGCAGGGAUGGAUAGUUGUCCUCGUGACGCAGAAAAUUUUCGUUUGGUGGAAAUUGCAAAUAUUUGGGAUUUAAGAAAUGAAAAAGGAAAAGAAGAAGUGAGAUGUGAUAAUCGAACUGUUGAGUACAACACUCCUAGCUACAAGAUUCUGGCGGCUUGUGAUUUCUAUUUUCUUAUGAGAAUGCCCACUUUAAGCCUGAAAAGACUUGGAAACAAAAUCGAUCCAUUACCAGACAAUAUGCCUCAAGGAGACGUUCGAUUUGUUGAUAUUUCUAUGCUAAAAAUCAUCACUGGACUGAUAUCCGAUAAGAAACCGAAUCGUCUAAGAGUGACGAAGCUUUCGUAUAUGUUCAGUCGAGAAUCAGACAUUUUAGAUGAAGCACCAAUCCAAUUAGAUCUCUUCACUUAUUUGUUGGAGGACAGAGAAUUGAAGACAGUUAAACUUCGGGCUUGGGAUGAUCGAAUGGUUUUGCAAGCCAACAAUUACCCGAACAUGGUACGUAAUUGUCUGAUGAGACGCCAUAGUGUUCACUGCGCUCUGCCAAGAUGGACAAAUGUCGAGACACUGGACAUUCGCGACGAAAUCGUUUUUAUGGCACAAUACACUGUGAUUUGUAGUCAGGAUUUGGAUCACGAUGAAAUCGUAGAAGCUUAUAUUAGAAGCGACAUUCAAGGAAAAUUUGAAAACCAUCCUGCACUUGGUUUCCCACUGAAACAUACUCGUAUUAAAGGAGAUGGGAAUACAUAUGUUUUGGAAAUGAUACCGAAACAGAUCAAAGUCACAGUUAGACCAACGAUGGAGGAUGAUUAA